GUGUAGUUUUCCGCUUCCAUAAACAAGAAGACUGCCAGAGUUAGCCACCAGUCCUGUGUGCCUCUGGGCUGAGUCUCUCUCUAAAAGGGAGACAGACGUGCUGACAGAGAAAGUGAGCAAGGGACGACAGAGAGAGGGAGAAAGUGAGGGAACAGGAAAGAGGGGAGACAGAAAGACAGGAAAAUCCAUCAGAAGAAAAGAGAGACGGGCAAGAAUUGACAGAGGAGUAAAAGGGAGAAGAGGAGAGUUAAAGACUGAUAAAAGUGUCAGUCUUUCUUCUUUUCCUAUAUAAGAAGAGACAUGGCUGAGAACAACACAAAUCUCUUCCUGGAAAUACUUCAAUCUUUUGAUGCUGUUCCUCUGAUCAUAGCCUUCUGUGUGUCCAUGGCGGUUGGCCUGGUCUUGGGGGCCCUGGUUUACGUUAUCUUGACCUGGAUGUCCCGACGACGCGGCUCUGCCAGCAUCACUCGUCGUCCAACCCGUCAAUCCCGCUCGUCCUCCCGUAACCGCCCUGGCUUCAACCGCAACAGCAGCUAUGACCGGCGCAGCAACAACAGCUUGGUCAGUGCUGCUUUCAGCUUCCAUCGGCAGACAUCCUCCCCAGAUCAAUUCGACCCACUGGGGCACAAAUCCAGCUUCAGGGCCUCAACCUUCCACCCGCUCCUCCAGUGCAGCCAAAUCGCCAGAGAAGCAGAGGAAGGGAGCCAAACCACGCUUCCCCGCACGCCGACUCUGACCACGUCAACUGGAUCAGCUCAAACAGCAGCCCAGCAAGCUGCCAGCCCACCCAGGCCAGAAUCAUUUUGGGGAAACAAUGGUCUGAGGGGUUCUAAUGCUACACAGACACCCCCUCCAGCUUAUGAGAGCAUUAUUAGAGCUUAUCAGGAAACAUGCACCUGAGAGGAGUCAGACUGCUGGCUUCAUGGAGAAACAAAUGAUAAUGGACUAAAUCUGUAUUGCCUUACAAGCAGAGGGAGCUGCAUGGAGAGGAAAUAGACAACAAGGUUAAUUGUGUGUCUUCUUAAAACAAAAAGACAAAAGUUGGUUCUGUAUGCCUUUUGGCUUUAAUAUUUAUCUGGGGCUGACAUAAGCAUACGUGCCUUUCACCAUUCAAUACAGAUGUGAAUAUUUGAAAACAGUCAUGUGGCACUCUCAGAAAUGGGACAAUGGCCUUUUACGAGUACACAUUAUUCCUCUUACUAAUAGCCGUCUGUAUUUAGGGGUGAUUGACACUCAUGUAUGCUUGCACAGAGUCUUGGUUUAAUUAAGAUAAGGUAAAACUCUACAAAAUACAAAUCAGUGACGAUUGGUCAUUUAUGCUGAAAGGCAAAACUUUGAUAUCCGGGCUCAUCAUCAAAUAACUAUGCAAAAGAGAUCAUGUUUGUGUAUGUGUAUUCCAAGUCAAGGCGAGUAUUGGUGGCAUUUCAAACAUACAUCUGCAGAUGUUGACAUUGCUACGUUGGGGACAGCUUUAAGAUCAUUUGAUGUAUUAAUUGUUGCCUCACAAAUGUUUUUACAGGGCUGUGGUAUAGGAGUGCGUGUGGCAUUCAAGAGUAAUUAAGUGCGUCUGUGUUUGAAUGUACGGUAUGCAUGCGUGAGAGAAAGAGACAAAGUUGGGCAUUUGCUGACAGAAUUUUUUGUAUUGUAUUUUUGGAUGUAAUUUGAUCAAUUUUGCUCAUAACUUAAUGCAAUGAAAUAAAGAAUCAAAGUAUA